UUAUUUUUAUUGGAGGAUGGUCAAAUUUUUGGAUGUGGUUAUGGUCAACAUCUUAUUGAUGAUAACAGACAAAAUGCCUUUGUGCCGACAAGAUUACCAAUUAAAAAUGUACAAAGUGUGGUUUGUCGCAAUGAGGAUUCUUUUUCAUUGGCUUUGGAUCAAUCAUCAAAUUAUUAUGUUUGGGGCUACUUGCAAAAUGAAAAGGUGAUCCCGCUCAAAAAAAUAGAAGGUCAACCGGAAUCAUUUGUCGCUGCAUCAGUAAUGAUCAAUAAAUCACCAAUCACGUAUGGCCUGACAUCAACAAUCCAUGUGUUGGAAUCGAAUGAUGGAAUUUCAUUCAGUAAAUAUUUGAAUAAUCCGGAUAAUUAUGAUGUCGAGUUUGUUAUCCAAGACAAACGUGUAUUGGCCUCAAAGUGUUACCUGAAAAUGGCAUCUGAAUAUUAUAGUCGAAUGUUUUCAGGAGAUUGGUUGGAAAAUAGCAAAGUGGUCAUCAAAGAUUACAGUUAUCAUGUCUAUUACUCUUAUCUAGUUAUGUUACAUACAGGUCACAUCCGAAUCGAUCAAUCCAAUAUAGCCCAACUUGUUGAUUUAGCCAAUUGUUAUGGUGAGCAACGAUUAAUGAAACUUUGUCGAACAUUCAUACGAAACAAUUUGAAUGAACAAACUAUAUCCAUCUAUUAUCCGUUGAUUUACCGAUAUCAACUUGAUAAGGAUGAUGAGGUGCAUGACAAACUC